GCAGCCAGUCGCCUCACGAAAGGUAACCACUUGUGUAAAAAAAAAAAAAAAGAGUAAAAAAAGGAGCAUGCCCACUGUGCUUGCGUCGACGCUCAUUACGCACAAGGUGUCUCCUGGGUCCCUGUGCGCGCUGCCGGCGUGGGCACACGCAUGUCUCGUGUGUCCGUGCGUGGAGUGACCAUCCCACUGAUCUUUCGGACCCUUAAUCUGAUCAGUGCCACCCAGGAGCUGGACACGGCUGAGCAUGCACGCUGCAUCUUUUUUGUCGGAGAGAAAAACCCACUUGCACAACUUCAUUGUUCUUCUUUGUUUAAAGUUAACUCAGCGACUAGGCUUUGGACUUUGGAGAAAAUGAACAUUUGAGUUUUUGUUUUGUUUUGUUUGUUUAAUUGAAGGUGAAGACAUGGAGACGAGCUGCAAAGAGAGGACGUUAGUGCACUUUGUUGCCUUUGCAAUGUGCUUGCUUGCUGUCUGUUGUGCUGCAAGGAGGUCCAAUGUGAGGCGAGCUGAUCGCCUGAGUCCACCAUUGGACAUCCAGUUGGAGACGCUCAACUGCACCGCCUUCAGUGUGCGAUGGAAGAUGCCCCGGCGCCAUGUCAGCACCAUCACCGGAUACAAGGUGUUCUACACAGAGAUGAAAAACGGCCGUCCGCUCGGCACGGCCGCUGUGUUGGAAGUACCUCUCAGCUUGGACAUGCUCACCACUGGACAAUUCGAUGGGCAGGCAAGCUUUGAUGUAGAGGUUGCCAACCUUAAGGCGAACACUAAGUACCGAGUGAGUGUCGGUGCCUACGGUUGGGCGGGCGAGGGUCGACCCAGCAUGCCCCGGGACGUCGGCACCGGUUCACAUGAAAUGUGCAUGCCACCCUCGCCCCCGACUCAGCCUGUUGUCAUGGCGAUAUCCGACACGGAGUUGGCGCUGUCAUGGCAGCGAGGGGAAAGCGAGGGAAGUUCACCUGUCCUCCACUUCCUGGUCGCCUACAUCAGGCCAGAAAUGGACACGGAGUGGACGUACAUCCGCGAGCCCAUCCAGACCAACUCCAUGGUGCUGAAGGGCCUCAUACCAGAAACUGAGUACCAGUUUGUCAUCAGAGCCGUCAACGCGUACGGAGCCAGCCCGCCGAGCAACAUCAAUAACCCGGUGCGCACUCUGGGAGCAUCAGACGUGGGCAGUGGCGAUUACGGGCGUUACAUCACCGACCCACAAAACAAAGACUACGACGGUUUUGACAUCGACGACUCCGACUACGACAUCUUCAUUGAAAAGCUGAAUCAGUUUCCUGACGUCAAUCAAGACAACGGCAAGUCACAGCUUCGCUCUCGCUCCGGUCCAUCGGGUCAGAACGUCGUCUACCGCAUGAACACCAUGGCUCCGCCGGAAAAUGCUUCACUCCCCUCCUCCACCAGCGCCUUCCCUAACUUCUCAGAUCUGAUUUUCCCUACCAGCUCCGAGCGGGACAUCACCAGCCUGACCUCGGUCACCGUACGAACCGCUUUGCCCACGUCCACCGCGGCUCCAACCAUGUCGCCGUGGAACGGAGAUGUUCCACGGGUCUACCGGCUGACCUGCGACGAGACAGUGUGCCCCCCCGACAGCUUCUGCCUCGGCGACCUUGACAGCGGAGGCUCGCGCUGCCAUUGCAACCUCGGACGUGCGGGCAGGACUUGUUCUGAAGUGGUGUCGGUCAAGUUCCCCAGGUUCUACGGCUACUCCCACGUGACCUUUGAACCCUUGAAGAACUCCUACCAGUCUUUUCAGAUCACACUGGAGUUCAAGGCGGACGCUGAGGAUGGUCUGCUGCUCUACUGCGGCGAGAACGAACACGGCCGUGGCGACUUCACCUCGCUGGCCCUGGUGCGAGGCAAGCUGCACUACAGGUUCAACUGUGGAACGGGCGCGGCUCAGAUAGCAAGCGAGAGUCUCAUCGCGGUCGGCCAGUGGCACACAGUGACCGUCUUCAGAGACGGCACAAGCGGUUGGCUCCGACUGGACAACGAUACGCCGAUAUCCGGUCGAUCCCCGGUAAUGAUAUCGCGUUCUAAUGGCGAGCGUGUACAUAAAAGAGGUGGCCUCAAAACCGCACUCUUUUUCUCGCUUCAGGGUCAGUACACCAAGAUCACGUUCCGGUCGCCGCUGUACCUGGGCGGAGCUCCGAGCGCUUAUCAUCUGGCGAGCACGACGGGGACCAACAGAGGCUUCGUGGGCUGCUUGCAAAGUUUGACCAUCAACAACGUGGUCACUGAUAUCCGACCGUGGCCGUUGGGCCGAGCUCUGAGUGGCGCUGACGUAGGCGAGUGCAGCGAGAGCGUGUGCGACGUAGUGGGCUGCGGCAACGGCGGCGUCUGCUUCGCAAACCGCGCCGACGACUUCAUCUGCCUUUGCCCACUCGGCUUCAGAGGAGAUCUUUGUGAAGAGAGCUUCUCCCUGUCUUCCCCUCUCUUCAACGAGACGCUCUUCUCUUACGCCGUGGUGCCGUGGCCUCAACCCUCAUCCAGCUACUUGUCCUUCAUGGAGUUUGAGCUCACAUUCAGGCCGUCUUCGCCCGAUGGGACUCUGCUGUACAGCGACGAUGCCGACAGCGGCGACUUCCUGGCCAUCAACCUGGUGGAGCGAUACGUGGAGUUCGUAUUCGACUGCGGCUCCGGGGGCGCUGUUUUACGGAGCGAGGAGCAGAUCAGCCUGGACGCGUGGCACGAACUGAGAGUGUCCCGGACCGCAAAGAGUGGCAUCCUGCAAGUGGACAGCCAGAAGCCUGUGGAAGGAUUUGCUGAGGGGGCUUUCACACAGAUAAGCUGCAGCUCACCUCUCUACAUUGGAGGUGUGCCGGAGUACGAGAAAACUAAGAGAACCGCCGCCGUCGUGAAGCCAUUCACCGGAACUGUGCAAAGGCUGAUCCUGAACGACCGCACCAUCUCCAUAACAAACGGCUCGGCCGGCGGCGUGAACGUGGCCAACUCGGCCCACCCGUGCGUCCAAAGUCCCUGCGCCAACGGCGGCACCUGCAGGCCCAAGUGGGAUGGCUACGAGUGUGACUGUCCCCUAGGGUACGACGGCAGGCACUGCCAGAAAGAGUGCGGAAAUUACUGCCUGAACACAGUGACGGAAGCCAUCGAGAUCCCACAGUUCACCGGUCGCAGCUACCUGUCCUACGACAACAGGGACAUCCUCAAGAGGGUGUCCGGGUCUCGGAACAACCUCUUCAUGCGCUUUAAGAGCACGUCCGGAGACGGCCUGUUGCUAUGGCGAGGAGACACGCCCAUGAGAGCCAACAGCGACUUCCUGUCCAUGGGACUGCAGGAUGGGGUGCUCAUCUUCAGUUAUAAUCUCGGCAGUGGGCCAACAAACAUCGUGGUCAAUGGAACCUUCAGUGACGGCAGGUGGCACCGGGUCAAGGCAGUCAGGGAUGGACAGUCCGGGAAGCUGACAGUGGACGACUACGGGGUCCAAACGGGUCGUUCGCCAGGAAAGAUGCGACAACUGAACAUCAAUGGACCGUUAUAUGUUGGCGGGAUGAAGGAAAUCGCCCUGCACACCAACAGACAAUAUGUCGGAGGCCUGCUGGGCUGCGUGUCACACUUCACGUUGUCCACGGAUUACCACCUGGCACUGGUGGAGGCCGCCGCCGACGGCAAGAACAUCAACACCUGCUCCAAGUAAAGCCUCAGGUCCUCUUUUUGAAGAGAACUUCUUUUUUUUUUUUUUUGUUGUCGUUGUUGUUGGAAGUGACUCUGAAACACUGACACGGUUGAAGUUCACAGAUUGGCCACAGGAGGCGACGAAGCACGCUUGCUGACCACAAGCUUUAAGAAGGACAUUUUUGACGGGAUAAUCCCAAGCACAUCUCUCAUUUUUUUUUUUUUUUUUAAGGCCAGUCCUUCUUUGAUUGGCUUCCAUCUUCAUCCUUGGGAUGAAAUUUACAAGGGAACUUUCUGACCUACAGUAGAUCUGCUUCUUUGCUUCGGCCUUAGAAACUUUCUUUCUUUGUGUGUGUGUGUGUGUGUGUGUGUGUGUGUGUGUGUGUGUGUGUGUGUGUGUGUGUGUGUUUUUCGUGUUGGUCUUCAAGUGGUUGUGUGGCUCUGUAGACAAGGUGUGCGUUUUUAUUUUCUGUUUUUUAAAGUUCGAUGCUCGUCGAGGAUGAAGCUCUUAGUUGCGUUUGUCUGUUUUGACUUUCUUUUAGGACAUACAGUCAUGUUUUUAUAUGGAAAAAAAAACAGUAUCUCUCUCUCUCUCUUUUUUUCUAUUUUAACAACUGUGUUGGCAAUCACACCGCCAACACAGAUCACUGGUGGUUCAUUAUCCAACUCAAAUAAAAUGUUUACUCUGUCACAGA